CUGAUGGAACCCUCUGUUUCCAUGGAGACAGGAGUCCCAGUGUAUAAACACAGCUCUCCACCAGGAAGUUUUGAGUGCACAGUAUCUGGUUUGCGCUGGGUGUGUGCUGUUGAAGUCUCUCUACAGUAUCACUUUAGUGACCCCCAUGUAUUUGGAGCAGAGCUUGCCAUGUUGCAGUAUGAGCCAAUUGGUCCCUUGAUGGACAUCAAAGUGCUCUCAGGUGAACUGUUGGAGGCUCAUCUGCCCCAUUUUGCCUGUCUGGAAGGUUCCGAUUCCUCUCUUAGAGAGGCUGUGAGAGUUCUGCACGGAGUUGACUUUGGUGUGACUCUAGAGAAAUGUGAACUGACCCGCUUCCACGCAAAGCUCCUCAAGCCCUCCUUCUCACUGACAGAAGUCCUGGUGAAAUUAGGAAUCCCAAUGAAAGCCCAUCUGGACGUGUUAAUAUACCGGACCAGAGUGACACCCCUGGUUCUACUCACAUACAUUGUGCCACGGGAUGCUUCCAUGAUUCAGGCCGUUAAAGAGGAUUUAUGCAGGAACCAAGAUGCAAAGGAGAUCAUAACACAUCGACCGAACAUCUCCAUUUGGAUGUGUACUGAGUUUAUCCUAAAAGCAUCCCUCUGUGAUGCUAAGAUCUCCCCAUCAGCGAUCACCCUUAAAUACGUCAAACCUCCAGAGUUUUUCAAAGUUGUCAUUAAAAACGCAGAGGACUCUUUUGAUUUGGAGAUACUCAGUGAGGGUAAAUCCAUAUGGAAAGCGACAUUGGAACGCUUUGAAUAUGGUGACACGGGAGAAAUGGCACACAGUUUUGAAAAUCCCCUAGCAGCAUCUAGACAUUCCCAAGAAGGGAUCCACAGAACUGAUGAGGAAGAAGGGAAAAUGGCCUCCAUGUCACACAAAGCAUCCAGACAUUCCCGAGAAGUGAUCCCCAGAGAGGCGGCUUACACAAGCAGAGAAGGGAUCCACAGAACUGAUGAGGAAGAAGGGAAAAUGGCCACCAUGUCACACAAAGAUCGACUGUACCAUAUUCGGCCUGAUCUCAUCGAGAGGACAUCAGAAGGCGUACUAAAAGGUCUGGUUCUGAGGCUUGAAUCCCAUCAGCCUCCUGUGUUGAACAGGAUGGAAGCACAAGUCAUCCUGCAGAGGACCAGCGUGGUGCAUGAGCAGGUGACCUCCCUCAUCGACAUGGUGCUUAAAAAGGGAGACACAACAUGUGGCAUCAUGCUCUCCCUCCUUAAAGACCUGGACUAUUACUUUUAUCAAGACCUUAUCAAGAAAACACUGAACCUUUCUUAAGACCUAUAGGAACCUUCUCAUACCGUUGGUGGGCAAUAUGUGCAAAUGGACUACUUAUUAAGAAAACACAUGCAAAUCAACAAUACACAAAACCUCCAUUCUAUUGGUCUCUAAUGUAAAUCCACAAACUGUCAAAACACAAACUGUACCUGGAAUGCUACUUUGACAUUUUGAAAAAUGUUAUACACAAUUUGAUAAAGCCGUCCUGGUGAUGUCUGUGGUGAAAACAACUAAAUAACUUUUUAGUUUCCUUCAAUUUGUAAGGUGCCCCCUGCAGCUGAGAGAGGAGGCUGCAUCAUAGCAUGACUUCACUGUACAGAAUAUGACUGCUCAGAAAGUAUCAGAAGAUGGAUAUACAUUUAGUAGUAGACUAUUGAUGUAAAUAAAAUAAAUGUAAAACUAGCCUGUUGUGGAGUUGAUACAUCACAUUUAUGGAUGGAUAUAUAUU